AUGAGUCUAUGGAGCCUCAAAGAUCUUUUGGUGCUUCACUUGUCCAAUAAUUCUUUGGUCGGCUCUAUACCUCCCGAUUUUAGCAAGUUGAAUGCCAUAACAUCCAUAGAUCUGUCCAGGAAUCACCUUUCAGGAAGUAUUCCCUCGACAAUUGGAGACUUGCAGAAUCUACUUUAUCUUUCUUUGGCUUAUAAUGAGUUACAUGGAUCUAUUCCGGAGUCACUGGGGAAAAUGAUAAGUUUGGAAUCGGCGAAUCUAUCCAAUAACAUUCUUUCAGGUACGAUCCCAAAAUCAUUAGAGUCACUUCGAUAUCUGAAGGAUUUCAAUGUAUCAUUCAAUAGAUUAAAAGGUGAAAUCCCAAGUAAAGGACCCUUUCGCAAUUUCACCUCUCAAGCUUUUAUGGGAAAUGAGGAGCUGUGCGGGGAGUUGCUUUUUCAGUCUUGUAGGGCUAGGUCUUUUCAUCAUUCAAGGAUAACCAAAUUGCUUCUGACUAUACUUGUCCCACUGGUAGCUGCAGUACUAGUACUUGGCUCAAUCGUUGUGUUGAUGUUAAGGAGACGUCGGAAUAGAAAUGUUCCAAUUCAAGAUGAAUCCUUUACUGCAACAACACUAGCCAGGAUUUCAUACAUUGAAAUUGAAAGGGCAACUCAAGGGUUCGACCAAUGCAACUUGCUAGGCUCUGGAGGUUUUGGCACUGUUUACAAGGGUAUGUUUGCAAACGGGAUGACUUUGGCAAUCAAAGUGUUCAAUUUACAGGUUGAAGGUGCGUUAAAGAGUUUUGAUGCUGAAUGUGAAGUUUUACGCAACCUUCGUCAUAGAAAUCUUACCAAAGUUAUCAGUAGUUGUACUAACUUGGAUUUUAAAGCAUUACUUCUUGAGUAUAUGCCCAAUGGAAGCCUAGAGCUGUGGUUACAUUCUGAUGAUCGCUUCUUGAAUAUGAUCCAAAGAUUAGACAUAAUGAUCGAUGUUGCAUUUGCUUUGGAAUAUCUCCAUCAUGGUUAUGGAACAGUGGUUGUACAUAGUGACCUGAAGCCUAGCAAUGUCUUGCUAGAUGAAAAGUUGGUUGGACAUGUGAGUGACUUUGGCCUGACCAAGUUAUUAGGAGAAGGGGAAUCAAUUGUUCAUACUAAAACACUUGCUACAAUGGGGUACAUUGCACCAGAACUCGGUGAAAGCCUGAGUGGAUAA